AUACAUUCAAAAUACAGUGUGAAAGCACUACAGCAAUGGGAAUGAAUAAAGUUCUUUUAUUUGGCUUUCAGAGCAGUGGCUAAAAAUGGCUGAGCUGGGCAUUCUACUCCACUUUGUUGCUGCCCCAGGUUCAAAAGAACACAUUAAUCGUCGUUGUGACAACUUCACGGAAUGUUUACAUGCAACUCCAUGCAAAGUAGAAUGUUCAGUGUAACUUCUCAGUCUAAUUUCAGACUUCAAAGAGAACAGCUGCUAAAUAUGAAGCUCUCCAAACUUUUCUGCUGCUUUUACCCACCGGUACCUCCUGAGGAGGGCGAGGUGGAUGACAUGGCCAGGCCAAGGGCCCAGGCUGUGGGCAAGAGGGGCAAGACCAACCCCAGCAAGAAGAAGAUGAGGAAGGAGGCCAAGAGGAUAAAACAUGAGAAGAAUGAUAUGAAGAAAAAAGAAGAGGAGAUCAAGAUGAAGAUGGAUAAGCCCAUGGUUAUGGAACAGGAGAAAGAAGAUGGGGCCAGUGGGAUCAUGCCAGCAGUGGACAUGAUGGGGCCAGCAGUGGACCUGUCUAGUGCUGACCCAGUGACUCUCUCAGGCCAGCUAGCUAAGGAUGCAGCUGAUGAAAGCUCAAAGGCCCUACAGCAGCCAACAACUCCCCCCAACCUGACUACUGGGGCUGAGGAGCCGGUGGAGAGAGUGACCCGUGAAACCAUUCAGGAUCAUGGUGAGACGGAUGGGGCCAGUAGUGUAAGCUCCUCCAUCAGCCCAUGUGAUCUGUUGGCCACUCUGAACUCUGUGGCCAAAGCUGAUGGUGACAUAGUGGCUUUGCUGGAUCACCUGAAAGCGGCCAAUAUGAGACACAUGGCUAUGGAGAGCAGACCUGGACUGCGGCAGCCCGAGGGUCGUGUCAACCUGGACAUGGAGAGCCCCAUGGGGGGAAAGCCUGCCCUCCGCCAGCCCACAGCUCGCCUCAGACUGGACACUGGGCCUGAGAAGCUGACCCCGAUGGAGAGCAGACCUCGACUGCGGCAGCCUGCUGGUCGCGUCAACCUGGACAUGGAGAGCCCCAUUGGGGGAAAGCCUGCCCUCCGCCAGCCCACAGCUCGCCUCAGACUGGACUCUGGGCCUGAGAAGCUGAUCCCUAAGGAGACCUUGCAUGAUCCUCAGGCAGAUGGGUCCACAGUGAAUGGUGGCCAGUGCUCUACUCCAGCAGUGGACGCUCCCCAUUCAGCAGUGACAGAGGCCGUGAUUGCUCAUCCCUGUUUGUCAACUGAUACUGCAGAUGUCUCAGGAUCUGGUGACCUGCAGCAGCCAGAGAUGGGAUUGGCUGCCAUUGUUACAGGAGAGAUGUCAGCUGGAGGAGGACAGGAAGAUGAAGCUGACGAGCAGGACUAACUCCCAGGCCUGAGAGACAUCCAACUACGCACGCACGCACAGACACAGACAAACACAGACAGACACAGACACAGACACAGACACAGACACAGACACAGACACACUUAUCUAAAGGUUAGGGCUUUAAUGAUACAUCCUACUCACAAUUCGGCCCAUAUCACAUUUUUUUUUUUUUACAAUAAUUAAACCAUAUUUUAAUCACCAUCACAGAAUGUUGUUGUUUGUAUUCAUUUGUCUCAUGUCAAUCACCAAGAUUGGAACAGCUGUUUAUUAUCCUCCAUCAGCUACAUCAGCUACAGUACAACCACCGUUUGAACAGGGGUUAUGAAUAUUCAAUUUGCGGUUAAUAUUGUGACAAUGACCUACAUAUUCAAUAGAGACAUCACUCAUCACAGCAAGGCAAAAGCACCAGGGCUGUAAAUUAACACCUGCCAACCGGUCAAAUGCUGGCGAAAUUUCAGUUUGGCUGGUAGAAAAGACCAACUUACUAGGUCACUUUGACCCAUUAGUGCAGGGGUGGGGAAGCCAUGUCUGGAGGGCCGUUUACGUUUUAUUUGGCCCCCGACAUAAUUUCAAUGUUAUGCAGCUUCACAUGAAAUAUAACAUUUUGUAAAUACAAUUUGAUAUUCCCUUUUGUCCCUUUACAAAGUGAUAUUCAGGGGACCAUGAGA